GAGAGAGAGAGAGAGAGAGAGAGAGAGAGAGAGAGAGAGUUUUGUAACUUUGCCUGCACAAGUCACACAGCCUGAGCAGGUCCAGGCAACACCAGAGAGACAGAUCCCUGGUGAAAUAGUAGUUCAUUCAGAAAAAAGAGAGACAGUGUGUUGUUGAGUGUUAGACAGUGUUUAAAAAAAUGACCAAAAGGUCUGCAUCUACCCAAGAAGAUGGAAAAGUUGCAGCAAGUGGACACAAAGUUUCCCAAAUUGGGACUCAGCCAGAUCCUGAUGGGAAACUGCAGGAUGAGGACGACAAGAAGGUGGCACUGGGGAAGAAGGUGACCCUGCUCAGAGGGAUCUCCAUGAUCAUCGGCAUCAUCAUCGGAGCCGGGAUCUUCAUCGCUCCUAAGGGAAUCCUGCAGCACUCGGGCAGCAUAGGAAUGUCCCUGAUAGUGUGGAUCGCCUGCGGUGUGCUGUCACUCUUCGGAGCCCUGUCCUACGCUGAACUGGGGACUUGUAUUAAGAAGUCUGGUGGACACUACACAUAUAUACUGGAAGCCUUUGGACCUCAGAUGGCUUUCAUAAGGCUAUGGGCUGAUCUCAUUGCUAUAAGGCCUGCAGCGAUGGCAGUCAUCUCUCUGGCCUUCGGUCAGUACGUCCUGGAGCCUCUCUUCAUGCCCUGUGGUGUCCCCCAAAUUGCUGUUAAACUGGCCUCCGCCAUCGGCAUAACUUCUGUUAUGUACCUGAACAGUAUGAGCGUGACAUGGACAAAUAGGCUUCAAAUCUUCCUCACCUGCAGCAAGCUGCUGGCCAUCGGCAUCAUCAUAGUGCCUGGAAUGUACCAGCUCUUUAAAGGGGAGACCAAGAACUUUGAUAACGCCUUUGAUUUGAACAAUGUGAAGCUGUCUAGUAUGCCACUGGCCUUCUACUCUGGGAUGUAUGCAUACGCUGGGUGGUUCUAUUUGAACUUUGUGACAGAGGAGGUGGAAAACCCUGAGCGGACUGUGCCAUUAGCUAUCUGUAUCUCCAUGGCGAUUGUGACUUCCUGCUAUGUGCUGACCAAUGUGGCAUACUACACUGUGAUGUCAGCAGAGGAGCUCCUGGCCUCGGAGGCAGUUGCUGUGACUUUUGCAGAGAAACUGUUGGGGAAGUUCUCGAUAGCGGUGCCGGUGUUCGUGGCCUUGUCCUGCUUCGGCUCCAUGAACGGCAGCGUCUUUGCCCUGUCAAGAAUGUUCUACGUGGCAUCCCGUGAAGGACAUCUCCCUGAGGUUUUGUCUAUGAUUCACGUCCAGAGACACACUCCAAUGGCUGCUGUCCUCAUACUGUACCCUAUGACCAUGCUCCAGCUGUUUGUAGGAGACAUCUACAGCCUGUUGAACUUCAUGAGCUUUCUGCGGUGGCUGUUCAUCGGUGUGGUGGUGCUGGGUUUAAUUUACCUCCGAUAUACAAAACCCGACCUCCCCCGCCCCUUUAAGGUCCCGCUCUUCAUCCCAGUGGUGUUCUGCUUCGUAUGUUUCUUCAUGGUCUUCCUGUCUCUAUACUCGGACCCGGUCAACACAGGGAUUGGAUUUGCCAUUUCCCUCACUGGCAUCCCCGCCUACUAUAUCUUCAUUUACUUCAACCACAGACCAAAGUGGCUUCAGAGAGCUUUGGAUUCCUUCAACAGAACCUUGCAGAUCAUCCUGUUUGUCGUCCCUGCUGAGCAAUAACAGCCCACGACAACACCUCGCACACGUACAUGUAUAUACUGAGCUGAACUCUAAGUCAGAGCGUGAAACUGGUGUUGUAUUCUCCAAAAUGCAUUUAGUACAAAGGUUUAAAGUUUUAUAUGUGUUUUAUUAAAGGAUACAGAUUUGUAUUGUGAUUUUAUUAGUAUCUGAUUGUUUGUAGAAAAAGGUCUGAGUAAAGUCUAAGCAACCACAGA